CUACCGGAUUAAGUGCCUGUUAUGCCUACCGAGAGUGACUGAAUUAUUGGCAUUCAAAAACUCCCCGUCCAACCUGAAGAAGCACAUCGAGACUCCCGUCUGUUUGUAGCGGUGCUGCAGGACAGAGUGGUGGGCGUUGUGGCAGCAGUCGGCCAGCAGAAGCCAGGAGGUGCUGUGGAGCUGCGGAGGAUGUGUGUUGACCAGAGCUGUCGGCGGUGUGGAGUGGGCGUGGCGUUGGGGCUAAAGGUUCUGGAGUUUGCUGCCACUCACGGAUACUCGUCUGUUGUCCUGGGAACCACGGCGUACUCUCCGGCGGCCCACCAGCUCUACCAGCGUCUGGGCUUCCGCUGCGUGGGAGUCACCAACGGGUACAUCACACCUGGUGCCAGGAGAUCCUUCCUGACACAGAUUUUCUACAGGGUCCGUCAUCAUCACUACAGCCUCGAUGUGCACAACAGAAAGAUCACUUUAAAUGGAGAAGACAGUCGGCAAGAGAGAAAUUGACUCAUUGGUCGUCUGUAACCCUGACAAACAACCUGGUGAAUAAUGAAUCCUUUCUCAAGAACAGAGUAGCAUGUUGUUAAAGAACCACUGCACUUGUGAGGACUUUUAACUAUACAGAUGAUGUUUUACCUCGCUCUCCUACCAACAGUCAACUGUCACCUUUCUUACCUUUAACCAAGCAGUUUUAGACUGCUUAUGAGUUUUAAAACUUCAGAAUCAGAUCAGAAAAAGACUCAUAUGCUUUGUGUGGCUAUAGUUGUUUUUCUGUUUAUCUACUGUUCUCUAGUCUUCUUUGCAAAAGAAAUGCAGGUGCAUAUCACAGAGGCUUAGUACUUGUAAGCAGGUCACCUGGGUUCCAUCAGUGGAACAUUUCCUCCAACUGUCUCACAAUGGUACCAAGAAAUGUAUAAAGUUUCACCCUUAUAAAGACUUACUAAGCGAAUGAAACGGGAGGAUAAUUUGUUUGAGGGAAAAGGACACUGUAAAUAAGGGGAGAUAUGCUUUUGAUAAGAAUACUUCUACUGGGUGAUCUUCCGUUUCUUCCGUGUUUUUUUUCGGUCGACUACUCCUCCCAGAGUUUUGGUAAACACUACUAUUACACUAAAAAGGUAUCAAAUCGACCGUCUCGGCCAUGACAAGUGUGCUAUGACUUUUCUAAGGGUUUCGGGAGACGGUUUUCAAAUUAUUCGGCAAAAAGACGCCAAGAAAAAUCCCCCCAAUGUUACCCUAUGGAGAGGCUAGAGUGAUGACAACCACGUAGAGUGCAGAGGGAGAGUAUAAUGUCCAAUAAAAAGACGUAAA